AUGUCUUCCUCACAUCUUACCGUCCUCGAGACGAGUGCCUCCGUAUAUCCUUCGGCCUCAGCUUUCAAACUCCCUCAACUCGAUGAGAGUAACAACAUUGCAGGAUGGCAGUCGAUCACGUACUCACAAUUUCAACACGACGUCGAGCGCUUUGCUCGAUCUUGGUCACAUAAAUUGAGAAGUAGCGGUGUGCCUCGGCGAUCGAUCGUUGGUCUUUGGCUUGGUGGGAUGACCUACACCGAUGUGCUGCACAUAUAUGGUCUUUCUCGAGCAGGCUACAUCCCUCAAAUGUUCAGUCUGAGACUACCAAACCCUGUGGUUGUCUGUGAACUGUUGGGGAAAGCUGGCGCGAAGGCGCUCAUCUACGACGCAACCUUCGCAUCCACGUUGUUUGAAGCACCCGUCCCGAUACAUGUUGCAAUGGAAUACGACGAAGCCGAUCCCCUACGUGAACCGUUACCCGAACGUCUUGAUAACCGGCCCGAAGAUCUUGCGUUCAUAUUCCACACCAGUGGUUCGACAUCAGGAAGCCCCAAGCUCGUUCCUUGCAGCUUUAGGUGGCUAGAAUCGGCGGUGAAGAAGUCCUAUCAAGUUAGCAAGCCGAUCAAUGCUUCCAAGCAAGAUGUCACUGUAUGGAUGGGAAGUAUGUGCCAUAUUGGCCAGACAUUCAUGCUUCUUGGCACCCUUCAGCAUGGUUCUUGUGUCAUUCAGCCUACUGCAAUCAACUUCUCUUCCGAAGAGCUACAUGUUAUGAUCCAGGACUGUGGCCUUAACCGACUUAACCAGUUCGCCACUUUCCUCGCCAAUCACCUCCGGAAAUCACGACAGGACCCCAAACUUCUAUCGAAGCUUGUCGACCUUGAUGAAAUCCUGUACAGUGGUCUCCCCUUAGCUCGUGAGGAGGAGGAAUGGGCCUACAAUCAUGGCAUGAAGAUACGGAAUCUAUUCGGUAGCACUGAAUGCGGUGCAAUGCUCCUCUCUAUCGGUGGACGUGACCGCACAGCUCCUUUCUUGCGUCCGCUCGAGGGUGUUCACUACGGUUUCGAGCCUAUUGCACCCGUCUCCCCUUCAGAAGCAGAGCAUCAGUCGACAGGUCGCAUGUACGAAUUGGUCAUUUACUCUGAUUCGGGUGAUUGCCCAGAUGCCUCUUUACGACACUCCGAAGACGGUCACUUCCAUACAGGCGAUCUGUUCCAGGAACCCAUACCCGGUGCCUAUGUCUUCCGCGGACGUGACGACGACUGGAUAAAAUCCGAAAACAGCCUUCGCUGUGAUACCAAAGCAAUCGAGGAUAAUGUUCGCGCAAUGUGCGGUUCAUUAAUCGACGAUUGCAUUGUUGUCGGCACUGGGCGCCCGUCGCCUGUCUUGUUCGUGGAGCCUGCAAGUGACAUUGAUCACGAAAAGCUCAAAAAAGAGAUCAUUCGCAAGACUCGGCAGUUCCACGCCAGGCGAUAUCUCCACGAGCGUAUCACAUCAACGAAGAUGAUAGUCGUCGUACCGCGGAAAGCACUCCCAAGGACAGCUACCAAGGGCAACAUUCGCCGUAAGGCAGUCGAAGAAGCUUACCAGUCACAAAUUGAUAGCAUUUUCGGUGUUUCACGUUAA